UCUUUCAACUACAGUUGUGUGUGCGUGGAGAUCAAAUGAUUUACAAGCUGAGCAAGUGAUGGUGAGCUGUGUGGUGUGUUGAAUCAGCUGGUGCAAUUUUUUAUGCAAGAUCAUAGUACUUCGUAAUUUGCAGCUCAGCUUAAUUACAUAUCUCGCCUGGUCGAUUGGAGGUUUGACCUUCAUCUAUCGUAGAUGGAGCUCUCCUGAAUCUGGAGUAUAUAUAAUCGACAUUUGCCAGCUUAAUCCUAACAAUGCAACAAGGCAGACAGGCGUUUGUCAUUGUGGGCUAAGUUCUCGUCUGAUAGCCGGAUCGCUGGCAAUGCAAUUAGCAAGAGCUAGGAUCGGGCGGCGAACAAUGGGUGCCGAGGGAGACGAAGAGUACUCGUGCAGCCAUGGCUACAAGGUCGGGUUCCCGCCGGAGAAGGGCCUCCUGGCGGAGAUUUCCGACGGGGUGAAGGAGACCUUCUUCGCUGACGAGCCGCUGCGGGAGUACAAGGGCCAGCCCAGGUCCAAGAAGCUGUGGCUGGGCCUGCAGCACGUGUUCCCGGUGCUUGACUGGGGCAGGCACUACACCUUGGGCAAGCUCAAGGGCGACCUCGUCGCCGGGAUCACCAUAGCCAGCCUCUGCAUUCCCCAGGACAUUGCUUAUGCCAAGAUGGCUCAUCUGCCACCACAUAUCGGAUUGUACAGUAGCUUCGUCCCGCCUUUGAUAUACGCCCUGAUGGGCACUUCCAGGGAUCUAGCUGUGGGUCCAGCGGCCGUCGUGUCGCUGUUGAUCGGCACCCUCCUCCAGAGUGAGAUCGAUCCGGUCAAGAAUCCGCUCGAGUACAGCCGCCUGGCCUUCACCGCCACAUUCUUUGCCGGGAUCACUCAGGCACUUCUCGGAUUCUUCAGGCUUGGGUUUAUUGUAGAGUUCAUAUCUCAUGCUGCCCUAGUUGGAUUCAUGUCGGGUGCCGCCAUCACCAUUGCUCUCCAGCAGCUCAAGGGCUUCCUUGGCAUCGUGCACUUCACCAGCAGCUCCGAUAUCAUAUCGGUCAUGAAAUCAAUCUGGGAAAAUGUUCAUCAUGGGUGGAACUGGCAGACGAUACUGAUCGGAGCAUCCUUCUUGGCAUUCCUUCUCGCUACCAAGUACAUUGCCAAGAAGAAUAAAAAGCUCUUCUGGGUUUCUUCGAUCGCGCCGCUCAUUUCGGUUAUUGUAUCCACCUUCUUUGUGUAUAUCACUCGUGCAGACAAGCACGGCGUCGUGAUCAUCAAGGACAUAAAGCAAGGCAUCAAUCCACCUUCAUUUCAUCUCAUAUAUUUCUCUGGCCCAUACUUGAUGAAAGGAUUCCGAAUUGGGGUAAUAACUGGAAUGGUCGCCCUAACGGAUGCAAUUGCAUUUGGAAGAGUAUUUGCUAGCAUGAAGGACUACCAAAUAGAUGGGAACAAAGAAAUGGUGGCUCUAGGAACCAUGAACAUUGUAGGUUCGAUGACUUCGUGCUAUGUAGCCACAGGUUCUCUAUCGCGAUCAGCAGUCAACUACAUGGCUGGCUGCAAAACAACAGUAUCCAAUGUUGUUAUGGCACUUGUAGUAGUGCUCACGCUGGUGUUGAUCACCCCAUUGUUCAAGUACACCCCAAUUGCCAUCCUAUCUUCCAUCAUCAUAAGUGUAGUGGUUAGCCUAAUUGACUAUGAGUCGGUCCAGCUCAUCUGGAAGGUUGACAAAAUGGACUUCGUGGCAUGUCUAGGAGCAUUCUUGGGGGUCAUAUUUGCAUCAGUGGAGUAUGGCUUGCUCGCUGCGGUUGCGAUAUCUUUUGCCAAAAUUCUUCUCCACGUAACACGGCCGAGAACAGCUUUACUUGGUAACCUUCCAAGAACAUUUAUCUAUAUGAAUGCCGAACAAUACCCGGAGGCUAUCAAGGUGCCUGGGGUCCUGAUUGUAAGAGUGGACUCAGCCAUCUACUUCACGAACUCCAAUUAUGUUAAAGAGAGAAUCCUGAGAUGGCUGAGGGACGAGGAUGAACAGCAGAAGGAACAGGGGUUGCCCGAAACAGAGCUUCUGAUUGUUGAGCUAUCUGCGGUAACUGACAUCGAUACAAGCGGAAUCCAUGCCUUGGAGGAGUUGUUAAAAGCACUUGAAAAGCGCCAAAUUCAGCUGAUCCUCGCCAAUCCCGGGCCAACAGUGAUCCGGAAGCUGCGGUCAGCGAAAUUCAUGGAGCUCAUCGGCGACGACAAGAUAGUCAUGUCCGCUGGCGACGCGGUGAAGAAAUUUGCUUUGAAGCCGGCUGAGAACGUCUGAAGAGAGAAGAUGGUCACUGUAUUAUCUGUCGUGUGGUGUUAUUUGGUUGUAGGAAAAGAAACCACAGGGCGCACAAAACUUUAGGGAGGAUUUUCAAGAGGACAUUAGAUUGUCUCCCACCACGGGGGCAUCUCUCCACCCAAGAGAUUAUGGCGUGGCGGGUGAUCUUCAACGGCAAUAGCAACACGAAGGCAUUACAGAGUAUGUAAGUAUGUUGCUGCACUGGUGGAGAUUGCUGCAGAUUGGGGAUCUUGAACGACUGCGGUGGCGUGAGAGAGUUUGUUUGCGAGAUAGAAAUGACGUGAGAUGGUGAGAGAGUACAUGAAAGUGAUGUUGUUAGGAUUACAGUGAAACUACCUAAAGUCUAUGGUGAUGGUGUAUUUUUUUUCAUCUCAUAUACUUAAGUGUUUCCGGACAAAACAAAUGCGUCACUUAAAACAAA